AAGACGGGUAAUUUGUUCAGGGCACAGAAUCCUCCCUGUUAAAGGAAAUUCUGCAUCCCUAAGAUGAAGAAACUCUUCAUAUUCCUACUGUUUACUGUGUUGCUUUCUGAAAAAUAUGCAAAUACUCAGACAUGUGAAGUUGAUAGCGUGAUUGAAUUGAAGACUAAGAAACUAAUUGAUUCUGCAGUGUCUUCCUUCCUGUCAAGGAUCCAGAUGGCUUGCCAAGAUGUGCUUGGUCAAGGUGCUUUUGCCACUUGUCCAUCAGGUUUUAUACCCACUUCAUGUGCCUGUGGAAUGGGUUGUGGAUCUUGGGAUGUUCGUCAAAAUUCAGUUUGUCACUGUCAAUGUGCCCGUAUUGACUGGACUUCAGCUCGGUGCUGCAAAAUCUUUCUUACCUGAUGCUGCUUUGAUGGCAGGCUGGCUCGAGUUUCUGUGCUCAAUAAAAGUAUGAAUCAAUAAUUCUAUGAAUUGUUCUCUACUUGAAUUUCCACCCAGUGUGCAGCCAGAAUCUGAUAAAUGGGUAACUAUUGAAUUUUAUGUGUAUAUGUAUCUGUGUUUGUGUGUCUGUGUUUGUGUCUCUCUGGCCCCAAAUUGGAAGCAAGUGCUGGUUACUUUAUCCUGUUGCAACCCUCUUAAGUAUAGAAUGACAAAAGUCAGUUUUGG